AUGUCGCAUCGACAACAGCAAAAUGCAUCUCACCGUCCGCUCUCAGCAACGAGUACUCAAUCCAUUGACAAUGCGUAUUCGUUAGAACAUUUGUUUACGGCACUGCACCGUCGAAUUCAACGAAUCAGUCAAAACUACAACGCAGUUGUAUUCCAUGAUGCAUUGAAAGUCUGUACACGUGUAUUUCAGUCUUAUGCCAGUUAUAAUCUUAACACGAUCGAUGAGUUUACUCGUCAUCUGUGUAGAAAUGUUCGGGAUAACAAAAAAGUACUAUCUGUUAUCGAACUAUUUCAUCAACAGAUCUCGGAACUUCGUCAUUGUCACUCGACAUUCGAAGCGGAGUUGUUAGUUACCACACUGGUCAUCGAUUUUCAUGAAAAUGACCUUGAACAACAGCCUGUUCUACCCAUGGCUCACGGCAAAUUUUCUCCGCGAAGUCGUCUAUCGAAAGUUCGUCAUAAACACAUUCGGCAAGCUAUGGAUUUCAAAUCACAAUUACGGCAAACGAAUGAACACUUACAAAUUUUACUCUACGAUGAAUUCAAUGCUAACUUGUCGGAUCUGUGGGAAGAGAGUGAAAAAGCGAUUCAACUAUCAGUACCAUUUCAUGAUCAUCAUAUGACUUAUAUUCUUCGAUUAAUCCCAGACACGAUCGCGAAAUUUGAAUAUGCUUUGCAAAUAUGUACGAAAUUAUUUGAAUUGGAAACAUUGAUGUCGGAAAGUUAUCCUCAAACGAAUCGAAAUAAUAAAAAUCCCUCGGAGCCAACGCCUGUACCAACAAUUAAUCUCACUCCUCGAUCAGAUUAUAAUCCAAUACAGAACAUACCCCAGCAGAAAGUGAAAACAAGUCGAGAAACUCAAACUAUGCCGCUGCAAGUGGUGCCAGCGCCACCAAUAACAAAAGUAUCCACAUCUACUAUGAUAAAUCUUCAAUCUUCACAACAGCAAGAUGAGCCAUUGGAUCAUCACGAAGAAAUUCCUAGUUUUCCUUCGGCUGAUUACAAAAAUGAUCAACUUAAACUUCAAAUUCUUCUCGAACAACUUAACAAACGUCUAUCGAACGAAGAAUCAAUCCGGCAACGACUUUCGAACUGUAUUCAACAAACGACGAAGAAAUACGAUCAAUUAAAUCAAUACUCUCAACCGAAUAUGUUAACAUUGAUUAUGUCCGACAAUCCCGCCGCUAUCGAAUAUCAAAAAGCACUGUGUUCAAGCGAUUGUAAGAUUUACAAAAGUAUCGAAGAUGAACUAAACAUUGCAUUGAAAGAAACACAACAUCGAAUCGAUUGGAUCGAAACGAUUCGCCAACGAGUUCAUCUCUGCCUUGGUCAACAAUAA